UUUACAUAUUUCGCUGGCUGGCAGAGGUGGUGUUGCCCUUUGCACAUCUCAGAUGGAAAGGGCAGCCAUGCUCCAACAUUGACACAAUUGAUAUGUUUGCAGAGACAGGAGAGAGCUAGAAGGCAGGUGGAUAAGCAGAGGUUUAUGAAUCAGGUUUAUACUCUGUCAGUGGGGGCAGACAGUUUAGAGUGAGAGGUGAAAGGGAGAGAUAGAGAUCCUGGAGAGAAAUAAAAAGGCAGCCAAGUCAUUCAGAGGAUAGAUUAUAGAGCUUUGUAUAAACUAUCUGUGUCAUCGCAGGGCUUCACAACAGACAUGGAAUUCAUGUGGCUGUAUUCCCUGUGCCAGUGCAUCCUAUCUGUAUCUGUAAUUGUGGUGAGUGUGAGGUUGUGCAUGGCGGUCAGUGGCAGCGGUACAGAGGCCAACAUCCAGGAGAGAACCCAGGGUGCAGGGCCCCAACUCGGGAGUGUCUCAUGCUGUCUGCGGCUGUGCCUGGGUUGGGUGGGGGCUGUAGGGGCUGCAGUCGCGGUCCCUGUGACUGUGUUACUCAACUUGCGAACACCCCAGUGUCUGUACACCUGCAUAACCUUGGUGUGUUGCCCCCUGCUGGUCAGGCAGUUUACCAUGUUCCUGUUGAUGCUGCUUACAUUGGACACCCACCUGCAGCAUCACUUGGCAGACAGGUACUCCCUAGUGAUGACCCGUCAACGAGCUCUGUGUGUGGUUCUGCUGUGCUGGGUGGGCUCUGUUCUGUCCUCCUUUGCCCAGUUCAUUGGCUCGGACGUCCUUGACACCUGGAGAAGUGGUGGGACUGGUCCAGGCACAGCUGGCCUCGGGCUGCACGGCAACUGGACGACCUCUUUACCCCAUACCCCUUCCCCACCCCCCAAGUACUACCAUGACCGCAAGGUCAUUGGAAAGUACCUUCCAUACGGAGGAUUCCUGUCAAAGUUUUAUGUGGAAGACAUGCACAACUUCACCUACGCUGAGAUUCACAGCAGCCACUGGGGAGUGUGCGCCCCUGACAUCAUUCUCAGUCCCCAGUUCCUAGUCUAUGUCCAUGGGACGACAGUGUUCAUGCUCCCCCUGCUUUGCCUACUGGCUGUUUACCUUGACCUGCUAUGCAUCAAGCCCAGGAAGACUCCUUUUAGUCAUGCAGACCCCCCUAAACAUGAUUCCUGCCGGGUCCGUUCCCUGGCUCUGUCCCUCUCCCUGUUAGUUAUGCUGUGCCUGCCACUCCACAUUAUCCAUGCGCUCUUGCUUUUCACCCCCAAUACCCGUCUUCCUGCCUGGGCUCAUGCUGUUGCCAUGUUCCUCUUCCAGCUGUACAGCCUCGUGCCCCAGAUCCUCUUCACUCCUCCUAAGAAAAAAGUCGGGGACGAACGGGCAUCCUUUCCUCUUUCUGUUCCCCACCUUCCACCUGCAGUAGCCCCGUCCAGAGGAAAAUCUGUCCGUAUGGCCCUGUGUGAGGCAGUGCAGGCAGCUCCAUGGUCUUCAGCCAAACACUCCCUUAAAGCCAAAGUGUGCCCAGAGGUCUGAAUUCUUGACUAGAUGGAAGAUCUGGGCUGUUUUUUUCAACAUGAACAUUUGUCAUCAUCUUCAAACAAUUUAAUUAUUUUCUUAAAACAAUGUUCCUUCCAUUUUUUGAGUAUAUGAGAAAAAGUUAGUGUUUGAAACAAACAGCUUGUGGACUAAAGAAGAAUAAAUAUAGCAUAUUCCUGUUUGUUGUUGGCUUUUUAACUAAUCAGCAACCUCAUGCAAAGAUGUUAUGAAUAACUCACAAAUGAAAAGGCCAGUUAAUUAUCAGGUCCCACACCAAAUGUCAGUGAGAAAAUUAAAUCUCCAGAUGACAACUACUAUCCUGAUCACAGAUGUCUGUUUUCUUUGACUGCUCUUCCUAUGGGCCUUAUUCUAAGCCUGUUCUAAGACUCUGCUAAGCCAACCACCACUAAUGUAGAUAUAUGAGUGACAGCGUUUAAUUAAACAUUCAGAAAUAACAUAGUGGUCCAGAGAGGAUGCAGCAUUGUAGGGAAAACAUAAUUAACCUGGUUAUGACACAAUUUUCAUGGCUGUUUUGAUUAAACUAGUAAAUACAAUGUGACAUUCUCUUGUAAUAAAAUGGCCUUGCUCACACUAAUUGGAUUGUCAUCUUGAACUGAGUUGGUGUAAGAAAUCACUGAUGGAGUUAUAAAGAAGAAAUUCAUCUCUUUCUGCAUAGAACAUGGGCAUGUCACACUUUCUCACUUCUUUUUUGUUUCUCAUGAUCCUAGAAAUGCUCUUCCUCUCCCUUCCCGUCUCUGUUUAGAUUUGUUGUUCUCCGUUUUUGUUAGAUGAUAAUUUCCCAGCUCUUUCUACAUUUCUUGUGUCUAUUUUUCAUAAAUUUUUUUACUUAUCAUGCUGCUGCUGCUUUCCAUCUCCUCCUUACAUUACUCAGAAAAUAAACAGAGUACAGUAUGUCUUCCAUCACUACAAAAAAAUCCCUGACCGGAACACAUUAUUGAUAAGAGAAAUCUGGUGAAGGGAAAAAAAAUUUCCCCAGCUUCACUGGCGCGGCUGCCCAUUCAA